GCGCCAGUAUCCGGCUCAGUUUCACUUGCUAAACCCUAAUACUAAAUAGUACCCGAACCCGAUUUAUGAAAUCUGUUUUUAUCGGAGCGGGUAAUGAGCUUGGUAUCGCUACGGUGUGUUAUGGAAUUCGGGGGGGGGGGGGGAGAGAGACGGAGGGUACAUGGUGACAUCGUUUACCGUAAAAUCAUUAGCAGCUUUUAUCCGUAAAAAGGAAAAUCCAGGGAGCUUCAGAGCAUUAGCAUCAAUGCCAUCCAUGGAGAACCAAACGGAAACUAAGGUUUAUUUUCACUACAACCACACCGAUUCUUGUAGUUCUGCGAGGUGGACCGCUAGAGAGAGCUUUCAAUUCAUGUAUGAGCGACCUUGGCAGGAUGUUCGCCGUUUCUAUUCCGAUGUGGUUAACGGCUGCUUAACCUUAUCGACGUUAUUCGGGACUGGCAAUGGCAAUGACAUUCAGACACGUUAUGAUGUUGUUGACGAUGAUUAUAAAAGAUCAGAGGGUUGUGAUGAGAGAGAAGAAAGGAGUGGAAGAUGGCAAAGAGUAACGUUCAAGAUAAUUGUUUCAUACAGUGGAUGUGCUUUUGAUGGAUUGCAGAAGCAGCCUGGUUUGAACACUGUUCAGGAAAUAGUUGAAAGAUCUCUUGGGAGAUUUGUUGAUGACAAAAAAGCACAACUUCUGAAGGAAAAAUCUAAACCACUGGAAGGUUGUGCCGUGGUUGCAGGCCGAACCGACAAAGGAGUGUCUGCUAUUCAGCAAGUUUGUUCUUUCUCAGCUUUUAUCCGUAAAAAGGAAAAUCCAGGGAGCUUCAGAGCAUUAGCAUCAAUGCCAUCCAUGGAGAACCAAACGGAAACUAAGGUUUAUUUUCACUACAACCACACCGAUUCUUGUAGUUCUGCGAGGUGGACCGCUAGAGAGAGCUUUCAAUUCAUGUAUGAGCGACCUUGGCAGGAUGUUCGCCGUUUCUAUUCCGAUGUGGUUAACGGCUGCUUAACCUUAUCGACGUUAUUCGGGACUGGCAAUGGCAAUGACAUUCAGACACGUUAUGAUGUUGUUGACGAUGAUUAUAAAAGAUCAGAGGGUUGUGAUGAGAGAGAAGAAAGGAGUGGAAGAUGGCAAAGAGUAACGUUCAAGAUAAUUGUUUCAUACAGUGGAUGUGCUUUUGAUGGAUUACAGAAGCAGCCUGGUUUGAACACUGUUCAGGAAAUAGUUGAAAGAUCUCUUGGGAGAUUUGUUGAUGACAAAAAAGCACAACUUCUGAAGGAAAAAUCUAAACCACUGGAAGGUUGUGCCGUGGUUGCAGGCCGAACCGACAAAGGAGUGUCUGCUAUUCAGCAAGUUUGUUCUUUCUCUUUUAUCCGUAAAAAGGAAAAUCCAGGGAGCUUCAGAGCAUUAGCAUCAAUGCCAUCCAUGGAGAACCAAACGGAAACUAAGGUUUAUUUUCACUACAACCACACCGAUUCUUGUAGUUCUGCGAGGUGGACCGCUAGAGAGAGCUUUCAAUUCAUGUAUGAGCGACCUUGGCAGGAUGUUCGCCGUUUCUAUUCCGAUGUGGUUAACGGCUGCUUAACCUUAUCGACGUUAUUCGGGACUGGCAAUGGCAAUGACAUUCAGACACGUUAUGAUGUUGUUGACGAUGAUUAUAAAAGAUCAGAGGGUUGUGAUGAGAGAGAAGAAAGGAGUGGAAGAUGGCAAAGAGUAACGUUCAAGAUAAUUGUUUCAUACAGUGGAUGUGCUUUUGAUGGAUUGCAGAAGCAGCCUGGUUUGAACACUGUUCAGGAAAUAGUUGAAAGAUCUCUUGGGAGAUUUGUUGAUGACAAAAAAGCACAACUUCUGAAGGAAAAAUCUAAACCACUGGAAGGUUGUACCGUGGUUGCAGGCCGAACCGACAAAGGAGUGUCUGCUAUUCAGCAAGUUUGUUCUUUCUGUAUAUACCCUUUUGAUAUUGAAGAUGCAAUCAAUAGUGCAGCACCUGGGAAACUCAGAGUUGUAUCAGUUUCUGAGGUUUCAUGUGUAUUCCAUCCCAACUUCUCUGCAAAAUGGAGGCGCUAUUUGUAUAUUUUUCCUUUGAAUAAUGAAGAAAAUGAGAAGCAAUGUUCUGAGAAUGAGAAGGAAAUUGAGAAUUUUAGUUUUUCUGGAAACUAUAAUGAUCCAAGUAACAAGUGUGUUGAGAGCAUUAGUUUGGAAAAUGUUGAGAAUGUAAUUAUCAGCAAUAGCACAGAGUCUGAAGCAGCAAACAAGCCAACCAGUUUCGGUGUAUGGAGAGUUAAUCAGCUACUAUGGCAAUUAGAAGGAAAGUUAUUGUCGUACAAAAUGUUUGCACGUGAUACCAAAGCAUCUAGAAACAGAGGGCCACCAACAGAGUGCUUCAUGUACCAUGCUCGAGCUGCAGAAGCAAGAAUACCCUGUUCAGAUUGUGAGGAUGGAAGAAAGGUUAUGCGUGUUGAACUGGUUGCAAAUCGAUUCCAACCCAAGAUGGUCCGCGUUCUUGUGGAAACCUAUGUAAGGGAAGCAGCUGCAGGAGCAGAAGAAGAUGCAUUGCUAAAACUGAUGGAGGCUACGUGUAGACGUGCCACGGCACCGCCAGCUCCCCCUGAUGGGUUAUGUCUUGUUGAUGUAGGAUAUACUGAUUUUGACCUGCAAAAUUGCCUCAUCCCGUGAGGUAUAUUUUAACUCAGAUGUUUACAUAUGUUUAUUUGGAGCUUAGAACUCAAAAUUUUGGCUUCCUUAGUAUU